AUGGCCGCGUUCCUGGGUGGCGUGACCCCCAACGUGCCCGGCAUUGUCAAUCUGGGGUUCCAGCUGGCCAACAAGCUGAACAUCUAUGGCCUAGGGAUCAAAGGCGCAGACUCGGACAUUGAAGGUCUGGUCGACCAAAUUUUCGGCACAGCAUCAACUCUUGCUCAGCUCUGGGACUCUCUCAGCACUGACAAACAUGAUCCCUUGACCGUCUAUACGGACGCCGGCCGCAGAGAUGUCGAAGACCUUGCGGACCGCUGCGCAAAGACCUAUGUCACCAUUAUUCGCACCGUCUACAGAGCCAGUCUGGCGGCCAAAGUCGUCGAAGACAUUUGCCUGCACACUGUUCGUGUAGAGGACCUGAAGGCCGCCAGACUCUGCGCCAUCAGCUCAAACAUGAAGUGGGGACUGGUCGCGGACGCUUUCGAGACCGCUUACAAGCAGUUGAAGUGGUUGUUCUCCAGUCUUCUGCUGCAUAUGCAGGUGUUUGAUGUUGCUCGUCUUCAGAUCAAAGCGCCACGAGCUCCCGGCAGCUUCGACGAGGAGCUCGCUUCAAGGGCUUUGGCAAGUCGCCUGCUGCAGCAGCGGAACAAGACUGUCAAGAAUCUCGUAGAAGACUACGAGAGGAAGGCGGAAGAGAAAGCUAAGAAGGAAGCUAGACUGGCUAGAAAGGUUGCAAAAGCUGCCGAAGCCGCCGAAGCUGCAGCGGCCGCGGAGGCUGCGGAGGCCGAUGCCGUGAGCGUCUGCUCAAACGACGAUGCGGCUUCCUGGAAGUCCGGAGAGACAGCCAAGGACUCUAGACCGCCCUCGGUUUGUGGCGACAAAGCUGCCGAUGAGAAGAAGCCGGCUACUGCUGAGGUGUGCGCACCACCGCCUCCUCCGGCCGUCAUUGAGAUUCCGCCGCCACCUCCAGUCUUCCAACCUCCAACGCCUCCCCCUGAGCCCAUUGAUAUCAAGCUACUGAAACCAAAGCGCCGAUUCCCUGCGAAGGUAUUCAACAGCAUGGCAGAGUGGAUGCGCGGUCUAUUUGGCCGCGCUCUUCCGCCUCUGGAUCAUCUGGAGCUUGAGGCGACCAUUCUCUACAGCGCAGACCAAAGCUCUUGCGUCCAGCCUCCUCCCUUGUCCUUCCAGCCGAAGAUGCUCCUCCGCCAACUCAAGCGCGUUCUCAGGAAGGCCGGAGGCAACCCAGGGGACCAGCUUAUUGGCCUAGACGCUCAGUUCCGACUGGCCGUGCAAAAUGCCCCACGACGUGCCCAGAAAAAGGAUGGCCGGGUCAGAAACCUGAUUGCGGUUGACACCUGCAACUUGCCCAACUAUGUUGUCGCAUACAUGUCCAUGGAGCCCGCUCAGGAGCCCGUUCAUCUGACGGACCCCCUCGGCCGCAAGACGGCUCUGCCGUACGAACAGUGCCGUACUUUAAAGGGUGCGCGUACCAUCAUCCAUAGCCGCUUCCGUGACAUUAACAGAAUGUGGCCCAUUGUUCGGGACGGUGCCUUUGAGAUUGUCACCGGAGAUGACGUAGUCAUUACUCCCGCAGCUUGGGAAACCACCAUCAAGCCUGGUGCCGUUCUGACGAUGAGGCUCUCUGCCUUUGCCGAUGGCAUUACUCCCGGCACGCCUGACAGUCAAACCUGGGAAGAACCGUACAUGGGACCACCGCCGCCGCCACCGGGCAUGUUCCCACCGGGCGUGCGGCCUCCAGGUGGCAUGCGGCCGCCGGGUGGUUGUGGCGUCCGUCCGGGUAUGGGCAUGCCGCCUCCGGGACCCCCAGUGUAUCAUGGAAGACCGGGCGGAGAGAUGCUUCAAUGGAUGGCAGGGGGCGUGCCGCCGCCUCCACGACCCCAGGCUCUUCCACGCGGCGUCAAUAUCAUCAACGUUGCCCCUCCGCCCCCGCGCCGCUGGCCCCGCGCCGCGUCGUCCGUGUCGAGCUGGCUCACCAGCUCCACGAGCAGCAGUGAGCGAGAGAUGGAAGAGUGGGAGCUUGGCUUUGAGCCCGAAUUCGGGUCUGAGCCUACUCGCGAGAAGGAAAUGAACGAGGAGCUCUGGGGUAACCUCGGCCGGAUCGUGGCUCAGUGGACGAACGCCACGGACACCGAGUUCAACACCGACUCGGGAACCAUGCCGUGGUAUGAUGACGCCGAGUCGAACGGCUCUGCGUCCAGCUACCCGUCCUCGUGCUCUUCGGACGAGAUUGUGGACGACUGA